AUGGUCUACGUGAAACCUUUCGUUCUCGAUAACUGGGUUCGCCAGUUCAAACCUUCGGCCAGCGCAUAUCUUCACGAUACCUGCGUGGAUCCACUAUCAUUGCAAGAACUCUCACAACUUCAGGCUUCUGACUCGUCACCCGGUCCUAUCAAUGCGUCCAAUGCCUUGCUUUAUGGUUCCGUUUUGGGAAGUCCUAGCCUUCGAGAAAAGAUUCUCUCGCUCUACGCCAGCGACGUGGCUAAUACCGCCAAAGAUUUAUCUCUUACCGUCACGCAGGGUGCCAUAUCUGCCAACUUCUUGGUCCUAGAUACACUUCUAGGUCCGGGCGACCAUGUUAUCUGCCAGUAUCCUACAUAUCAACAACUAUACGAUGUACCCCGCCGAGCGGGUGCAGAGGUAUCACUAUGGCAUACCUGCGAGGAGAAAGAAUGGAUCCCUGAUACGACUGCACUCUCGUCGCUGGUCAGGAAGAACACAAAGAUGAUAAUAAUCAACAACCCCAACAACCCGACCGGUGCAUCAAUCCCAAAUCAAGUUCUUGAGGAAAUCGUCUCCUUUGCCGAGAAACGAGGUAUAACAAUCCUCAGUGACGAGGUUUUCCGCCCCUCUCUUUCACCGUCCCACGGAGAAUCCUCCUUCGAUCAUCUCCUUCGCCGGGCGGCAUACUCACUACCAGGGAUCCGGGUUGGUUGGGUUAUCUCUCCUAGCGCGGAUAUAGUGCACCAGGUUGUCAUGGCCAGGGACUACACUACGAUUUCAGUCUCACAGGUAGACCAAGACAUCGCGACCUAUGCGCUCGAUGCCUCGGUACGAGAUAGAAUUCUUCAGCGAUCAUUAGCGGUAUGCAAACGCAACCUCUGUACACUAGAGAGAUUUAUUGCGUCGCAUGCCGACAAAUUGCGUUGGGUUAAGCCGAAUGGUGCGUCGGCGGCAUUUGUGCGGGUGAUAGAUCCCAAGACUGGUGCGCCGGUUGAUGACAAGGUCUACUGUGAGGGGCUGAUUCGUGAAUCUGGACUGUUGAUUGUGCCUGGUGGUGAGACUUUUGGUACAGAAGAUGGAAAGGACUUUAAGGGGUACUUGAGGGUGGGAUUUGUGUGUGCCCCUGAGAGGUUUGAGCAGGCGUUGAUGAUUUGGGAUGAAUACCUGAAUCGGGAGCAGAUUUAG